AGGUAGCUGCCUCCUCCCUUUCCCACCGCUCUAGUCCGCGGCCUCCCGGGAUCAAGGCAGGACUCAGCGCCGCGCGUCCCCGGACUGGCCAGGGCGCCCCUCUGCGGACCUCAGGCGCUUUCUCUGCCCGAGCGCGGGGGCCUCCCCGACUCUUCGGAGAGAGACGCACGGAUCUGGGUGGCGCCGAGACAGUGGGUCUGGCGGCCGCGGGGACUACCCAAGCACGGGGCUCCGGCCCGGGAGCUGCUGGAACAUGCGCCCGGAGCUGCAGUUUGUCUGACAGUUGCUGGACUAUGUUUAUACUUCUGGUGCUACUCAGCCAAUUGACCGUAGUUACCUUCGCGUUUCCUCAUUGCACAAGAAGUCCGGAGAAGUCGAGGCAUGAGGAAGAAGUCUUUACAUCAAAAGAAGAGGCAAACUCGUUCAUCCAUAGACACCUUCUAUAUAAUAGAUUUGAUUUGGAGCUCUUCACUCCCGGUGACCUAGAAAGAGAGUGCACAGAAGAACUUUGUAAUUAUGAGGAAGCCAGAGAGAUUUUUGUGGAUGAAGAUAAAACGAUGGCAUUUUGGCAAGAAUACUCUAUUAAAGGACCAACCACAAAAUCAGAUGGCAACAGAGAGAAAAUUGAUGUUAUGGGUCUUCUGACUGGCUUAAUUGCUGCUGGAGUAUUUUUGGUUAUUUUUGGAUUACUUGGUUACUAUCUUUGUAUCACUAAGUGUAACCAGCAUCAAUAUCCAGGUUCUUCAGACACCUAUGUAAGAAGGGGCAGACAUACUCCCUCCAUCAUUUUCAGAAGACCUGAGGAGGCCGUCUUGUCUCCUUCGCCAUCUUUAGUGGAGGACACAGGAUUACCUUCUUAUGAGCAGGCAAUGGCACUGACCAGAAAACACAAUGUUUCGCCGCCACCACCAUAUCCUGGGCCAACAAAAGGAUUUAGGGUAUUUAAAAAGUCUAUGUCACUCCCAUCUCACUAAGCCUGCCCUGUUGUCUUGGUGAUAUAGAACAUUCACAUUAUUUAAAUGGCUCAUUUUCCUGGACCAGAAAGGACGUGUCAGUUCAGCCCUUUAUGACAAACUACAGAGCAUAAAGGAGGAAUAAGCACGUGUAAUAUGCCGCUGAAGUUCUGUCGACAUCUUGGACCUGGACUUGAUCAUUAUCAGCUGGAUAAGGAACUGUGACUCCGUAUCCUUGCAGUUAAGAGAGCACUUUUUUGUUCAUUUAAGUCAUUCAAAAACUCUGCGUUAUGGAUAUCACAGCUAGGACUGGUGAGCUGUCUGUAUCCUUUAUACUGAAAAAGGUUUUAGACAUCUUGUGUUGAAUAUUUUUUUAAAAAGUAAGAAUUUCUAAUUAUUAGAUUAUCCCAAGUCAUAAUAUUGGACCUGCUCUUUUUUAGGAUUUCUUUUUGGUUGGAAAUACUUCAUAGAAUUCGGCAUUUAAAUAUAAACUGGUGACCUUAAUGUGAUCACUUGGUUUUAUGUUUUAAAUUAUUGCACAGCAUUCACUAUAUUUUGCACAGUUUAGUCGUGAACUCUUGCUAUCGGUCAUAUUUUAUUAUGGGGAGUGGGGUCAGUAAUUUUUCUUAAAAAAAUACUUGCUAGGGAACUAAUUCUUCAGAGGGUACAGGGUUGUAAUGGCAAGGAUUUACAAGGGUUGUUAUACUAUUAAAGAAAUAUACAGGCCUCAGAGCUAAGAAUGAGUAGAACUUGAUAAAGUUGCACAUGUUACUGUCAAGUAGACACACCCAUUUUCAUUUCUAAGUUAUCUGCAUAUAACUAUAUAAAUUAUUAAUUUGGAAAAUUUGUUGAAAUUCAUAAAUAACAGUUUGAGAAUCUAGAAGAAGUAACUUACUUCUCUGCUAGCAAAUAAUAUUGAUUAAAGUGACCAGCAACCCCUUGUAUCUCAAUGUCUGGACGCAGAACUCCACAGGUAAUCACUUGGACCUGUAUUUUGUAUCUUCUUCUAAUCUUAUAUAUGACCAGUCUCCCCUCAAGAACGUAGUAGAGUAUAAGCUAUAAACGUCUGGAAUGGAUGUGUUUGCACACAUUUAUUUGAGUGGGUGUGUAUGUGUACGUGAACUUGUUUCCUCUUUGCAGGACCUCAAAAAAUAACUUACUUCUGAGAAAUAGAAAAUUCCAUUCUCUAUGUUUUUGCCAGGCAUUGCUUUUUCCUAUUAUUUAAGACCAUUUAUAAAAUGGUAUUUUGUUUUAUCAUUUUUACAGAGGUGAGAUUAAAACCCACAGGCAUUUGAUAAUUCUUUCCAAAUUAAAUGUUUAAAAAAUAUAAAUCAUAUUACACUGUGUGAGUGUAUGUCUCUCUUUUAAGACAGCAUGAUCUUAAGACAGAUAAAAGCAAAACCUUAAUCACUACAGACUGCCAAAGACUUUACCUUUUAGAUUUUCAGUCUCUUCAGUUGCUUGUCACAAAGAAGUCAUCUAGCAACAUUUAGAUAUUAUGAAAAGUGGUCCUUUUCAAGCCACCUUUAUUACCUACACAAAUUUUACUAUUAGUCAUGCCUUGGCUUUACAUAAGCACUUUUCUUUAUGUAAGUUUGCACUUUGCACUUAUUUUAAUCCUCUUUAAAAGGUCGGAGGCAAACUCUACUUUAGUUACUUUAACAAUCAGACUAAGGCAUAGAAGGAUUACUUGCCCAAAAUCUGACAUGUUGGUGAGAGCUAAGUUUAGAAUCAGCAAGCACACUUUUCUAGGCCCAUCUCAUACCUAUAGAAAUAUGCUGUCUCAAGUUAUAAAAUUGUAAAAUACAGUUCUAAGUCUUUAUGAGAAAUGUAUAUGCAUUUGUCAUAUAUAUAUAUAUAAAUCUGUGUGUGUAUAUAUUAGAUGUCUGUAUAGUAUUGUCAUACACAUAUGUGUUUCUUAGGAGGAAUAAGAAUAUAAGAUAUAAGAUAUGAUACAUCUUUUAUUGAAUCACAAUUUGAAAUAAUUCACGAACUUGUUUACUCCCAUUGACUCACAGAAUCUAAACUGUAAAGCUAGCUUCAGAGCCUGUGACAACCCGUUGCCCCAGUGGUAGCCUAGAUUUGUCAUAUGUCAUCAUUUUGUGUAAAACUAUUGCUCUAACUUGAACAAAUCUAGAGUUCAUCAUUAAGAUGAAUCACUGGUAUUUGUAGAGCAUCCAAUAUUGAGCUCAUAAUACUUUAAAUAUAAAAAGGAGGUGGGAGGGUAUAGCUCAUUGGUAAAAAUGCGUGCUUAGGCACAAGGUCCUGGAUUCAAUCCCCAGUACCUCCAUUUAAAAAAAUUUUUUUUAAAUAAAUAAACUAAUUACCUUCCCCCUCUGCCUCCCCAAAAAAACAAAAAUAAGACAAAACAAAAUUUUAAAAAGCUUUAAAAAAUGGAAAAUAUGAUAGAACCACAAUUAACAAAUGCUUAUGAUAAUUGAAAGGAAAAUAUCUCAAUAUAAAAUUAUUGACACAUAUUUCUAUCUCAUGCACCCUUUUCUAGUCAUUACAGUUGUACUUUUGGUGGUGGGUUUUUUAGUUCGACUGAUGUGUUUUGUUUGUACUUCUUCCCCAGGUAACUGAUUAGUGUUAACCAUUAAAUCUAUUUUGACAAAGUUUUAUAUUUAAUUAGAACAGUUUUCUCCUCUAUUACAAUCAGGAAAUGAAUGUAACAUGGGCAUGAAAAGGGAAUAAGACUAGAAAAAGAUAAAUACACAUUUAUAGGGUUAUGCCUUCAGUGGGAUAGAUAAUUCUACACAGAAUAUUCUCUUUUCAAAGUGAAAAAAAUUAAACAGAGCACGAACUAUGAUUAUGUCAAAGUUUUGCAUCUCAUAAUAAAGUGCCCUCUGAGUAAAUAUACAGAGUUUGGUGAAAAUUCUGAGAACAAUUGAAAACUAGAGCAACAGUGUCCUCUGGGUCUGGUUUCCCAUCUGCCUGUAAAAUUCUGACCUUUUUUUUCUAUUUCUCAGAUAAUUUAUGUGUGUGUAUACUUUUCCUUUAGGUACAAGAGAAUUUUUUAAUAAAAAAAUUUUGUUGGUGCUGUUUAAAAGCUUAAUUUCAUAUAUAUCAUACUGCUUUUGUACUAAUUGAAUGUAACAAAUUUGUAUUAGUUACUGGUUUGAUUUGAUGUGUUGUGUAUGGCAUUUAUACUAUUAAAGGAGUGUCUAGAAUUUUUGUAAUUUAAAAAAAAAUGAUUCUUUUGUAGAUCCUGCCUAGGUGGCAUUUUGGAACAUGUGUGACAUAUAUUGAUACCUUCAA